AGAAACGACGCUUUCUCAAGUUGAGUUGGGCCAGAAACGACGCUCUGUAUACUACUAAAACACGGAUUUAUAUUUUGGUUCUGACACUGAAGUCAUUCAAUUGUGUUAAACCACGUCAACUUUAGGGGAAAGAUAGAAUUACUCUUGAGGAAGUAAAUGAUCAUGAUUGCAAAGAUUUUUUAUCUCCUUCAAUAAAAAGACAGUGUUGAAAAAGAAUUUUGGACAAUAUGUCUUGAAAUGAUACAGUGGUCUUGACUAUGUUACUUCAGUUGGUUAUCAGUCGGAAUCGAUUUUGAAAUGAUGACUGCUUCAGAGAGCUCAGAAGACAAAGCAAAUGCGUUUAAGUUGAUGAGAUUAAUUGUUGAUCUUGGUGGUGAGGCUUUGCGAAUCACAUUGAAAAAACAACUGUCAGGUAUUGAUUUAUGUCAUAUCUUAAAAACAAAUAAGGCAAAACUUUCGAAAUUAAAGAAUAAACAAAUUGGUCAAGAACAGUGGGAUUUACUUUAUCCUAGUCCUCCAACAUUGCCAAAUGAAAAUGAUUUUGACAUUACUUUACUUUGUAUUCUCCUGCGCAAUAUUUGCAAUUUAAAACCACCGCGUGAUUCAAUUUGGAACAACAUUCCUAAUCCUACUGAUCAUUCAACUGAAGCAGAUAUUACCCGUAUCAGGUUAUUUCGCAAUGAUCGUUUCGCUCACUUACCUAAAACUUCAGUAAGCUUUGAUGACUUUCAAUGUUUUUGGGUGGAAGUAAGCGAACCAUUAGUUCGCUUAGGAAUAACUCAGGGAGAAAUAGAUCAAUUGAAGAAUGUGGAAGAUGUUUUGUCGAAAAAACUUGUGAGUUUAGACUUCGAGAGUGAAAUUACGCAUCACUAUGAACAAUUUUUAGAAGGAACGCGGGAAUGGGUUUUUGAUGAGUUUUUAGCUUGGUUCGAUUGCGAUACAUCCAGAAAUCGUGCAUUUGUUAUUUCCGCUGCUGCCGGCAUGGGUAAAUCUGUAAUUGCAGCUACCUUAUGUAAACGUUAUCCUCAAUAUUUGAAUGCUGUUCAUUUUUUUGAACACAAAAACAGCCGUUUUAAUGAAGCCAAAGUACUUCUUCAAUCUUUAGCCUUUCAAAUUGCUCAUACUUUUCCUGCUUACAAACAACUUCUUGAACAAAAAGUUUCUGGAAAACUCUCAGAGCCUUUGGAUGAAAUAAACAUGGAAGGAUUAUUUACCUUGCUUUUUACUGAGUUGUUUUCUAAAAUCGUUGAACUUCCCAAGCGAAUUCUCAUUGUGCUGGAUGCUUUGGAUAAAAUGUGUCAUUCCGAAAGAGAUGGCCUUACUAAUUUGAUUGCUAAUCACUUACACAAACUUCCGCCUUGCUUUCGCUUUGUAAUUACAACAAGUCCUAACGAAACCUGUUUAAGCAAGCUCCAAAAAUUAAAUCCACUGUUUAUUAAUUGCCGUGAUGAUCGUAACUUAAAUGACAUCAAAUUAUUGAUCGAUGAAAGAAUUGGCUCUACUGACAGCCUUAUGCAUUUAAAAAAUGAUUUAAUAAAGAAAGCUGACGGACUUAUGUUGCUUGCAUCUCUUCUCUGUAAGGAAGUCAAAAGUCAAGGUUUUUUGAGUGCAUCCAUACCGAAAGAUCUAAAUGAUCAUUAUGAAAACUGCUUAAAAAGAUUAAUUAGUGAAUUAAAAACAUUUAAAAUCAGUAAAGAAAAAUUUCAGUCAUUUCUAAAUGCUUUAGUUGUUGCCAAAGAACCACUUCCGUUCGAUAUAAUUGAGAAUAAGCUUUGCUUGAAACGCUCAUUAGCUAAAUUUAGAAGAAUUAUAUCAUGCUUGUUUGUUAUCGAAGCAAAUGGAUGCGUUUCGUUUUUUCACAAAUCUUUAAAUGAUUGGUUGGUCGAUGAUAUUAAACAUAAUUACUCAGUUGAUAGAGAUGAUGGUAAUUCGCUUAUUUUAGAAUUUUGUUUGAAAACACUCGAUGAACUUAAAGCUACCGGCGUUGACUAUGUCAUAAUUAAGCGUGCAUCAGUUAAGUACUCAGUUAAGUAUUGGUUGUCUCAUAUGCUUACAAUUAUCAAUAAUGAUAAUGUUGUUGAAAAUGUUAGUAAAUAUCUUGUUGACUUAGAAAUUUUAGUUGCCACUUUGUUUGUUGAUAAAGAUCGUAUUUUGGAAAACUUCAACUUAAUUGUCACCCAUGACGUAUACUUUCAUCUUUCUGAGGCCACUCGAUUGUUAUUUAAUGAUCUUUAUUGCCUUAGUACGUUGCUUUUCGGUAAAUUUGCGGUGGUUAUGAAUGAUAUAACAACUUUUUUGCAGCAUGUUGUCAACGAAAUCACCGAUCUUGCGCCCCAAGCUCUCAUAAUGCUCGAAACACGUUUUAAAGAAUCCCAUUAUCUAGAACGCUUCAACAUGGGUGUAGUCAACGCUCAACUUUUACGUUUAGGUAAAAAUUUGAUUUCGGUUGAUGUUUCGCAAAAUCAUGAUUAUAUCGUUUGCGGUUAUGAAGAAUUCAUCGUGCAACUUUUUUCACUGAGAAAAAACAGGUGUUUAUGGAUAAAAAAUAUCGUUACUCAGUUAAAACACUUAAAACGGGAAGAAUUUUGCGUUGUCUUUCAUCCUUUCAAAGAUUUGAUUUUUGCUUCCCAACUUGAUAUGGUACUAGAUAUAAAUGGUAGAAUUUCCUCCAGUCCGUUCCAUUGCGAUGAUACUACGUUAAAGUUCUUCACUAACAAAUGUUUUUCGAAGGAUAAGUACACAAUGGUCACUAGUUACAAAGAUACUUUGACAGUAUGGGAAGUUGAGAAAGGUGACUUUAUUGUCAAGAAAUGUCUUUUUCAAGACAUGGUUGCUGUGGAAAAUGGAGUCAUUUUGCUCACGGAAAAAAAUUAUCCAGAGUUAUGGAAUUAUGAUUUGACAAAACUUCUCCGUAGUUUUGAUGAACUAAAAAAUACAAACAAAAUAUUUGACGUAAGUGAUGAAUUAAUUGCUUGUAAAAGAACUAACUCUGUUGUUUUUUUUAAAAUAGAGAACAAGCGAAAAGAAAUGACAGUAAAUUUUGAAAGUUAUCAAAAUGUUCACGUACUUGCAUGUAGUUCUAAGUAUCAUGUGUUUGCUAAAACUAGGUUUGGAAGUAAAAUAACUUACAAAAUGUGGCAUGAAGACAAAUUAGUUGAAGGUUGGAGUUACAUCAUUCAGAAGGAAUACAUGACAACCAAAGAAGAUCUAGCACAAGGUAGUUGUUUUUAUGAAGAUUUCGCAGGUGAAAAUAGGUGGCAGACUACCAGCAUCGAUAACGCUGUGUUUUCACCAUCAGCAGAUAAAUUAUUAAUAAGUUACAAAUGUAUGUAUAUGAAAGUAUUUGACGUUGAAAACAUACAAGUUAUUUUCAGUUUAACUAAGUUUUUAUCUUUUUCUAAGUUUGUCUUUUUGGACGAUAGAUUUAUAAUUACGGAUCACUUUACAUUGAUUGACUUGAAAAAGUGUUUUGAGAUUAAAGAAUUACAUUUCCUGCAUAUGCACGAACGUCCUAGAGUUUUACAUUUCAGCCGCAAACGCAAACUUGUUUUUACCGUCUUUUCUGGCUUACAAGUCCUGGUGAAUUGCGUGAGAAUCAUCUCACCUCGCGAAUAAAACUUAAUUUUAUUACAAAACAUGUAUAAUGAUGUAUCUCAACUUUAUUAUGCAUAGCUACUUGCAUAGCUCAAUGAUUGUUUAUAAUAUGAUAAAAGAUUGGGAACCACACCUAUUAUAGUUUUGCCAAUAGUAAGUUUCUUGUGACCCCAUAAUUUUCAUUGCCGGAAAAACAGGCUCAACAACCAGGUCACUACACUUUUAGAAUUGUAUGAAUAUAUACCAAUUUUUUAUGGUUAAUUUGCUUAAGAGUUUUGUUUC